AUGGAAUCAUACUUGUCUGCGUCAGGGACCAGCAUGAGGAUGACAAACAGAUCUGUUUCUGCCAAUAUGAAUGCUUUGCAUCCUACUUCCAGCACAAGGAAUCCUAGCAUUAAAAGCCCAAAGACUACUUUAGUCACUGAGAGACAGAAAGUGCUGACAACCACACCAAAAAUCUUUUCUGGGAAGAGAUCUUUCCUACCCAGCUUGACUCCAGGUCAAGGGCUGCUGGCCUCCAAACCAAAAACCGAGUCUGAUAAGAAAUCUUUCCUAACAAGCGUGACUCAAGGUCAAAGGCUGCUUGCCUCAACACCAAAAACUGAGUCUGGAAAGAGAUCUUUACUAACUAGCUUGACUCAAGGUCAAGGGUCUCUGGCUCCCGCACCAAAACCUGAGUCUGGGAAGAGAUCUUUCCUAACUAGCUCGACUCAAGGUCAUGGGCUGCUGACCUCCACACAAAAAUCAGAUUCUGGGAAGAGAUCUUUCCUACCUAGCUCAAUUCAAGGUCAACAGCCGCUGGCCUCCACACCAAAAAACGAUUCUGGGAAGAGAUCUUUCCUAACAAGCUCAACUCAAGGUCGAGGGCCUCUGGCCUCAACACCGAAAAACGAUUCUGGGAAGAGAACUUCCCUAACCAGCUCGACUCGAGGUCAAGAGCCUGUGGCCUCCAAACCAAAAACCGAGUCUGGAAAGAUAACUUUCCUAACUAGCUCAACUCAAAGUCAACAGGCGCUGGCCUCCACAUCCCCUAAAACGGAUUCUGGGAAGAGAACUUUCCUAACUAGUUCAACUCAAAGUCAAGAGCUGCUGGCCUCCACACCUGUAAUGAAGGAAUCCAUUGCUAUAAAGGAGCAUUGUUGGCUAAAAAAAAUAAAGCCUUUAAAUGUGCAGCAAGAGAAGAAAAAGUUUUUCAACUCAGAUUUUAGGUGCAACCCUCACUUUGCCUACGUUAAACUUGCUCCGCCAUCUGCCUUAGCCCAGAGCAGCCAAGCUUCUGACAAAUUUCUUGAAGUAGCAAUUGAUAUCAUAAAGCAGACACUUCAGAAAUAUGGAAGUUAUGAAAAGUUUGAACAAGUUACAGGGGGCAGCCUUCUGCCAAAGUGGCAGAUCUAUAAGGAGAUACGUAAGUACAUGGAGAAAGAAGGGUGCACAGGAGAGAUUGCUGUAAAUCUCACUGAGGAUAUACUUACACACGCCUCUAUUGGAAAUGUAAAAGGGCAUCCAAAAAUGGCAAUCAAUGUGUCUAUGGCACGAGAACACUGGCUAAAAGGGACAUUGAGACAUGAGAUAGGAACUCAUUAUUUUCGAAAAAUCAAUAACAAUGAACAGCAUUGGAGAAAUAGUACCAGUCGUGAAAAAUAUGGGUUAAAACCAGAAAAGCAAACAGAAGAAGGAUUGGCAACCAUCCAUGCCCUUUUAUUUGAUCCAAAUCCUUCUUUGUGCCGAGUUGCCCUCCUCUACUAUGCUAUCCACCGAGCAAGCUCUAUGUCCUUCUCUGAACUAUUUAAGGAUUUGAAAAAGUAUGUUAAAGAUCCAGACACAAGGUGGUAUUACUGUUUGCGGGCAAAAAGGGGCCUGACUGACACGUCCAAGCCAGGUUGUUACAAUAAAGAUCAGGUAUACCUUGAAGGCGUUCUCCAUCUUCUAAGGCACAGGCAUGCCAUAGAUUUCCAGCUUCUAAUGGCAAUGGGAAAGGUUUCUUAUGAAGAUAUUGGCCAUCUUAAAAGCAUUGCAAGACUAAUGAAUCCAAGGAUCCCAGAGUUUCUACAAGACAGGAAGCAGUAUAUGGAAUGUCUGGAGAACAUAAUGAAAUUCAAUCAUCUAACAGAUGCCAAACUACAAAUGCUUAUCAGUUGA